AUGAGUAGUGGUAAAAAAUCAUUGCGGAAACGCAAACGACAAUCACCCCCACCCUCAACGUCAUCAUCAGUCACAACGUCGAAAGUCAACCGACGGUUGGAUAAAUUACGUGCUGGACGACGUAAUAAUUUAUGGCUUGAUGAUGAAGACGAUGACAAUGACAACAGACAACAACGGCAACCGCAGCAACCAGCAGUUCAAUCUAAACCAGUACCAAGCAACAAAACGUACAUCGUUCUUAGUGAUUCCGAUGAAGAAAAGCCACCGGCAGCAUCUCGACAAAGAUCUCGAAGUAACAAAGCACGACAAAAAUCUAGUCCUGCCCAUGCUGAUAAUUAUCCAUCAGAUAAUGACUAUAAGAGAACACCGAAAUGUGCAACUUGUUUAAUUUGCUCAAUUCUUUCGACACUUUCGUCGUAUAAUUGUUGCUCGAAACAUUUAUCGUUAUUAACAAAUAGUAAGAAGAGCGUUCAUAAAAACUCAACGGUUAAUAUAGAACAAUAUUCCCCACAGCAUGUGAUGAUUUUACCAAUGACAGAUGAACUUGUUCAACGUUACCUGAAUCAUCAAGGAAGUCACCAUCUACGAACGCAAAUAUCAACAUCAUCUAAAAAGACCAUCGACCUUAACAAAUCUAGCCGAAAGAUACUAAAAAAAUCAAGAAUUAUUACAGAAUCUUCCGAUAAUGAACAUUCGGGUCGAUUUAAAUCAUCAAUGAAACCUACUUAUGUCGAACCUGACCAAUCCACUUCGUCGUCCUCUGCAACUGAUUCCAAUAGUCUUGCACAUUUAGAACCGAAUCCGCCCGAUACCACAUUCACUGUUAUUACCUCAACAUCAUCAACCAUCAACAGUUUCGAAAGUCCCAAUGCUCUCGAUACUUGUCAAUUACAACAAUCGUCGGAUCAGCCUAUUGUUAUUGACGAUUCUCAACCAGAUAGUCAAGUAGAACCUUUAUCCACUCAUGUCACUGAUAAAAACGAACAAAGUAAUCCCUGGGCACCCAUUAGUGAUGACACGUAUGCAGCCAUUGAAGUUGCUCUGAAUCAAGUACAUCAAGGGUCAGAAGAACAAACUGAAUUCACACCUGCGGCAGCUCGACGUACACCAACGAAUCUAAUGGCAUCGUGUUUACCAAAAAUACAAUUGAAAAAGGGUCGAUAUAGGCAAGCACCAAAUGAAUGUUUACCGUCAACAACGCCUGAAAUAUCUUCAAAUCCAAUGUCGACAAAUGUUCGAGCACCUCAUGUAUUAGCUACAAUUUUCGAAGGUGAAUCUCUGGUUAUUUCGCCCACAACAGCAGCGGCAACAAAUCACCUUUCAGAAAAAUCGUCUCAAUCAUCUCAUUUAUUAUCUCAACGUCACGAAAACUCAAGUGAAGGUCUCAGUGAUACAGUCAUGAGUAAUUUAUUUGCUCAAGAUGAAUCUAGCCAACAGGAGAUUCAUCUACCUGUAGUUAAACUACAUCCUCCUGCUAUUAUCAUCGAAGAUUACUCUAAUGAAAACGAGAAAAAUCGUUCCAACGAUAUAUCUCAAUCAUCACAGUUAAGUAACGAUCAGAAUGAUUCACAACCGUUGAUUCCAUCUAGCACAAAUGAGAAAACAACAGUAACACCUUCAAGAGUAUCGUAUCGAACGAAUCCGGAUGGAACACGUGUCAGUAUAUCCCGACCAGCAUUGCCAAUAAAUUAUUCAUCGUCAUUAACUUCAACACGUCGAGUGUCAACUGACGUAACAUCUACUACUCCAUCUCAUUCCAAUAAAUAA